AGUAAAGAAUAAAGAGAUUUGUAGAUUUGUAAAUGAUUUCAAAUUUUAUGUUUAUUAAGUAUUUAUCUUCAAUAUUAUAAUUUCUUAAUGUUAUAUUUCAUAAAUAAUAUAUAUAUAUAUAUAUACAUACAUAUUAUAUACAUAGGACUAUAUAAUAAAAAAUAAUUAAUUUAUUAUGAUUAACGAUUACAAAUCUAUCAUUCAAUGGCAUCCAGAAAUGAUAUUAAUUUCUGAAAAACCAGUAACAUGGAAAGGAUUUUUAAAAGUUUCUUAUAAUUCAGGACGAAAUAUGCGAAUUAAAUUAAAAUUAAUUGUACAUAAUUAUCCGUCAUUAUGUGAUGCUGAAAUUAAUUUUGGUAAAGAAAUUGCAUUCAUACGCAAUAAAGAAUUUAGUGAAAAAGUGAAAAAUUUAAUGCAUAAUGUAAAUAAAAUAUCAACUUUUUUAAAACAAUUACAAUUAUUAAUUAGUAAUUUCAUUAACAACAGAUAUAUUAUUGAAGAUAAUAGAUAUGAAGCCAUAGAUAAUCAAACAAUGGAAAUGUUAAAAGAAUUAAAAGAUGUACUUGAUACAUCAUCUGGAAUUCAGAUAUUAUCUAAUAAUAGUUUGAGUACAAUCAAAUUAUCUUUGAAUAAUAUUGCUAUAAAAUUGCAAAGAAUAAAUCAUAGGACAUGUUCAUGGACAGUUGUUGAUUCAGAUUUACCUGAAAUACCUGCCUUGGGACCUUUUGGAAAAAAUAUAUCAACAUUAGUUAUAGCAAGGAAUAAACUUAAACUUCAAGUAGAAAUACUUGAAAAAGCAUGGUCAAAUUUAAAACAAAUUGAUGAGAAUUGUUGGAUAAUAGAUCCAUUACAGCCAAAACCAUAUCAUCUUUAUCGACGAAUUUAUUUAACACCAUCUUUAUCAAUGUACAUUAAAAUAGAUCCUCUGAAUCCUAUGGAUUUACCAGAAAUUACAUUUAUGGGUAGUGAUUCAGAAGUUAAAUCAAAAAAAGAAUUGAUUUCUAAGAAGUUACAUAAUUGGAAUCCAAAUCAUGAUAUUUUAAAUAAUUUAAAGAUGUUAUUAGAUAUAGAUACAUUUCUCAAAAAGGAAAUAAAUAAAGAAUCUACAGAAGAUAAUAAUGCAAUUGUUGCUGAUGAAGAAUGUUGUAUUUGUUUUUCUCUACAAUUAGAUAAUGAAACUCUACCUGAUAAAAUUUGUAGUAAUGAAAAAUGUAAAAGACAUUUCCAUACAUCUUGUCUAUUACAAUGGUUACAAGCAAUUGUUGGGAAUCAUGUUAUAUUUGAUCAUAUUCAUGGUUCAUGUCCUAAUUGUCAAGAAAGCAUAUCGUGCUAUAUUAAAUGAUUUUAUAUUUAUACCAUGGAUAUUACAAACAUCUAAAAUAUAGAAUGUAAAAAAAUAUUUUGAAAAGAAAAAAAUUUAAAAAAAACUUAUUAAUAUAAAAAUAUCUGAAUUACUUUGCAUUUGUGAUAUGUGCAAAGUACA